GCUGCCAAAAUGAGUGAAUCUCUUUCAAGCAGUUACUCCAUGAAUCAGCCAAACUCCUCUGAGAGUGAACAGAGUUUAUCUACACGCCAUUUCAAUGUUACUGAACCUGUAGUGGCCAAAAGGAUCUGUUUUUAUAAAAGCGGAGAUCCUCAGUUUAAUGGAAUCAAAAUGGUCAUUAACAACCGGUCUUACAAAACGUUUGAUGCCUUGCUGGAUAGCUUAUCUAAACGGGUCCCAUUACCUUUUGGAGUAAGGAAUAUCAGUACACCAAAAGGAAGACACAGCAUCACCAGUCUGGACGAUCUUGAAGAUGGAAAAUCUUAUAUUUGCUCCCAUCAGAGGAAAAUGAAGCCUAUCAACCUAGAACGGGCUAGCAGAAAGCCACUGCCCUGGCAGAUCAGUAGGCCUGUCAGUGCUCGUCGUCGAGCUGUGCAAUUAGCAAAGGAGAAUGAAGAUGGAUUUGGCCGAGAAAGCAAAAUAACAACUCCCAAAAAGAUGCUUGUUUUCAAAAACGGGGAUGUAAGGCUCAGACGCACGAUAGUUCUGGGAAAGAAAAAUACACAAACCUUUGAGGCCUUGUUGGAUUACAUGAGUGAAUUAAUGCAGUAUCCAGUUGCAAAACUUUAUACCACUGAUGGCAGAAAG